AUGCAAGCAGAAGACAGUUCCAUACGCCUUGUAAGACCAAUAACUGGAACAGACGCAAAAAAAGAGACCGUGCAUGACUUAUGCCUCAUUAACUCCAAAGAAGUAAGGAUUCACCCAAGCACAAAGGAAAUAGCCGCAUACGUAUGCAAUAAACCAGGCUGUAAUUACAUAAUACAAAACAACGCGUGGCAGAUACCAAUGGACAUGUGCGCUCAGCUAAUAAGUGAAGGGUUUUUUUCUAAAUCAAAAAUAAAAGGCACACCUUUAUCAGUGAUAAAGCAACUAGCAGCAAAUACAACGACAAAACAAGAUGAAAAUCGUCAUAACCCAGUCAUGACCCAGAUGCAAGCAAUAAACUCAAAGGAAACCAUCUUCUUAAAACCGCACCAAAUAGAAGGAAUAAAAAUUGCAGUGAAAAGGAAUUACAGAGUGCUAAUUGCAGAUGAAAUGGGCCUAGGAAAGACCCUGCAAGCAAUUUCCAUUGCAAGAACCCUUUUGGAAACCCAUAAAUUCAAUUAUGACCGUUGUAAUCAGACUAAAUUAGUCUAUAUUGUUAUAUUUGCGCCUGCUUCUAACGUGCAAAUGUGGAUAAACGAGGCAAAAAAGUUCAUAAGUGAAGAGUCUUAUGAUAUAAAAAAUUUUACCCCGUCACCCCCGACGUAUCAAAAUCAGGCACAAAACCCGAUUGUCUUAGUCUCAAGUUACGCUGGGGCCCUUACAAAAAUAACAAAAAUCGACUUAAAUGACGUUAUUUUAGGGAUCGCAGAUGAAUCUCAGAACUUGAAAAACCCAGAGAGCAAGAGGGCAUCGAUCCUAGUGCCUUUCUUGUCGAAAUUAAAGCACGUCUUAUUAUUAUCCGGUACACCUGCACUUUCAAACCCAAAUGAAUUAUAUACGCAGAUAAAAAUUAUAAACCCUUCACUUUUUUCAUAUCUAGAAUAUCACGAGAGAUACUGCCGCCUUGCAGAUAAUCAUUAUAACGCACUUAAUCCCAGACUAAAACAAUUAGUUAAAUACAGGGGCAGUAAGAAUCUGGAUGAAUUAAAGGUUAUCCUGAAGGAAUUAGUCAUGAUACGAAGGGUUAAGAAGGAAUGUUUGUCGUUAGGCGAAAAGAAACGUAUUUUAGUCACAUUUUCAACGGAAUUAGUAAAAAAGGAAUUAAAUUCAAAUUUGAAAAUAAAUUCUAAAACCCUUCAGAAUGAAUUAUUAUCAGAAUAUAAUCAAUCUGCAAAAGAUAAGGUUUCAGAUUUAAUUUUAUUCAUAAAAGAAUUAAAAAUGCGAGUAAAAGGGAAAGUCAUUGUAUUUGCGCAUCACACGGAGAUUUUAACAAGCAUAUACCAGGAAUUCAUUAAGAAUGCCGUUAUAAUCACAGGAUCCACACCAAAAGCAAAAAGAGAGACCAUUUGCACGAAAUUUAAGGAAGAUUUAAAUAUAAAUCUGGCAGUACUUAGUCUUAAGGCGUGUUCAACGGGUCUAACCUUAGUAUGUGCUACUACAGUGGUAUUUGCUGAGUUACCCUGGACCCCAGGUGACCUCCACCAAGCAGAAGACAGAAUUUACAGAAUUGGACAAUUAGAGACUGUACGUAUCUAUUAUCUUAUCGCAUCGUACGUGGAUAAAUAUAUGUGGCCAUUAUUGCGCCGUAAGAAUAAUAUGUUAAACACAAUUGGUAUCAUAGAAAAAGAGAAGGAAGAUUUGACAUUUGAAGAUUUUGACCCAAAACAGAAAAAACUCAAUGGAUUUGGUCUGGAAUGA